AAUAGAAAAGAAAGAAAAUAAUGAUUAAAGUACACGAGGUCAAGAAAUGGGGGACCACUACAAUGUCCCUGAUAAUCAUUCACCAGCAAAAGUUGUUUUACAUUUUUUUAUCAAAGGCUCAUUAAAGAGAAGCAAUUACUAAGAAAUUUUUUAUUUCAAAACUUCAAAUUCAAGACUUCUGAUAAAAAAGUCUUUCGCUUCUCCUCCAUGUCUUAGCUAUAAGUUCUUAGUAAGCUACAGUCUAACAAUCCCUUUGUUGUGUUACAUUUUGUAAUCUUUCACUUUAAUCUAAAAAUUUUUGUGCAUAAUUGGUUUGGAGCAACCCAUCAGAUUAGUUCAUCUAUCAUUGCGGAAACCCCAAAUUUUAAUCUGCAUUUUUUUGUGCAUAGUUGGUUUGGAGCAACCAUCAGAUUAGUUCAUCUAUUAUUGCGAAAACCCCAACGGUUAUUCGGUUGUGUUAUAUCACACUCCCCCAACAAAUUUGGAUUUCUUCUUUCAUUUUCCUAACUACCCCCACCACAAACCUUAAUCAGUAGUUUUCCAGUUACUUUUGACAAAGGUACCUUGCUCGUCACAAGUCACAACUUAUUUACACUUCGUUUCUUCUCAUUGAAGCCCAAUUCCUCCAUCUUUUUCACCUUUAAUAUUCCUCUUCUUCUUCCUAUGCCUCAUUGAACUUCAAGAACCACAAAGCAAAAUAAAGAUGUUGACACUAUUAACCAUUCUUUUCUUAGCAAUUCUCUUAAUUAUUGGCCUUCUUACAACCCUUUUCAAUUUCCCAAUUAACAAGUUCCAAUCUUUGAUUCAAUCAAUUUCACUAAAAUCUCCAUCUCUCCAAGAGAAGACCAUAAUAACACCCUCACCCUCAAUAGCCAUGGUUGAUCAAAAGAAGGUGAAAAGUUCUAACAAUUACAAGGAGGUUGAACUAAGGGGUAUUUUUGCAACUUUUGACAAGAACAACGAUGGCUACAUAACAAAGCAAGAAUUGAAGCUAUCUCUCAAGAAUAUUGGGAUUUUCAUGGAGGACAAAGAUAUUGUUGAUAUGGUUGAGAAAGUUGAUUCAAACAAAGAUGGUUUAAUUGAUCUUGAUGAGUUUUAUGAACUUUGUCAUACUUUCUUGGGAAUAGAGGGAGAGGAAGAAGGUGAAGUGAAUCAAGAAGAAGUGGCUAAUAGAGAGAAAGAUCUUAAGGAGGCUUUUGAUGUGUUUGAUCAUGAUAAAGAUGGAUUAAUAUCAGAAGAAGAAUUGAGUAGCAUUCUUUCAUCUUUAGGAAUGAAACAAGGCAAGAAAUUGGAUCAUUGUAAAGAGAUGAUAAAGAAAGUUGAUGUGGAUGGAGAUGGGAUGGUGAAUUUUGAUGAGUUCAAGAAGAUGAUGAAAGCUUGUGGAACUCUUAAAUCAUUUUCUUAAGCAACCAUGCUAAUCAGUACUUAUUAUAUUUUUUUAUGUUUUCUUCAAGGCUUUUCAAGAAACAAAUUGAAGAAUAGCCUUGUUACUAAGCUAUACAAAUUUCUAGAUGUCUUUUGUAA